AUGGAAAGAGAAAGCAGCAACAGGAAGAGGAAGAAUGACGGUGAGGAGGAGGAAGAAAAGAAGAUGAACGAGUUCUUUGCUCUGUUAAGCAGCACUCGAGAUGCUCGUGAUCGUCUGUUGGGAAACAAAUCAAAGCAGGAGGCGGAGAAGAAGAAUGCAGCAGCAGCAGCAGGACCUCCAUCUUUCCUGCCUGAAGAUUUCAUGGACUUAGCUGCUGCUGCCAAGUCCAAACCCUCUUAUUCUCAUGCAGAUAUGGCACCGGCAGCAGGUCCUUCAAAUACAAAGCAUCAGAAAGCUGAAGAAGACCGCCGCCGCCCCCACCAACAACAAGAGGAUGAUGAUGAGGGGGAUGGCUUAGACCUCAAGCUUUCUCUGUAG